UUACAAUCUAAUGACCCUUACUUAUGACUUGUACCACAGACUCUGUGUCUUUAGGUACAGCUAAUGUAUAGCUCCUGUGUCUUACACUCGCUGAGACUCUGUGUCUUUAGGUGAUUGCUACUGGUCGUAUCUCCACUGCGCGAUAUUGUCUGCAACAACAUUGUUCGUGCCUGGAUUGUUGAUCCGCUCUUGAGCAACACCAAGACAAUCAAGUACUCUGGAACAGACUAUGCCGGCAUUAAUCAGGACAUCUAUGGAGCAACUUGUGACAUGUUUGCCCAUUUUUCAUUGGUUGAUUCCAGUGGUUGGAUGGUCUUCGUUGACAUACAAGUUAUACUGCAGCCCUCCUGAUUCCCCCUUAUUUUACCUGAUUGUGUACUAUAGGCAUCAGAGAGCCUGUCCGUGUCAAUGGAGUUUGAGACCAUAACAAGUUAAUUCUUUUUGAUCUCAUGGCUCACACACAGCAGGCUAUGGACGCACUUGGAAACAGAGGAAGAGAUAGGAUUGAGA